CAUCAUCCAUCACCAUUUACCAUCAAUCAAAUAUCAAAAUCAAAUCAAAUCCACUUCUCCACGAAAAAGUGAACUUAUGUGCUAAGUGCUAGUUAUAGGAAGUUUUCUUUAUACUAUUUUACGAAAUAAAAGGCACAAAUCGAGCGAGGCGACACGAAAUCGACAUACAAUAUCAUCUAGUCAUAUUUUUUAUUCAAAAUGAAAUAAAACAUAGAUAUUAUUUUUAAUCUGUGAGAAUUAAGCCUGUACUUAUUAGUUGUUUAAUAGUUUUAACGUAGUUAAUAAAUAAAGAUGCAAAUACUAAACGCCAGAUAUGCCCUAAGGGCGUCAGCGUCUCAGCUGCAAGCAUGGUCUUCGCUUCGAUACCGAACAGCGACUACUGAUAAAACAGUAGAAUACAAGCCUAUAAGAAGUGUGCUAGUUGCUAACCGUGGUGAGAUUGCUAUCCGUGUGUUCCGAGCAUGUACGGAGUUGGGUAUCCGUUCUGUCGCUAUAUACAGCGAGCAGGAUCGACUUCAGAUGCACAGACAAAAAGCCGACGAGUCAUACUUAGUCGGCAAAGGACUCCCUCCAGUCGAGGCAUAUUUAAAUAUUCCGGAGAUAAUCCGAGUGGCAAAGGAAAAUGACGUCGACGCGGUACAUCCAGGAUAUGGUUUACUUUCAGAAAGGUCGGAUUUCGCUCACGCCAUCAUCGACGCGGGUCUACGAUUCAUCGGACCUUCCCCGAAGGUUGUACAGCAAAUGGGUGACAAAGUCGCCGCAAGAAAAGCUGCGAUCGAAGCUAAGGUCCCAAUCGUCCCCGGUACUGACGGUCCUGUUACAACAAAGGAAGAAGCGGUAGAAUUUUGUAAACAACACGGUCUUCCUGUUAUAUUUAAGGCCGCGUAUGGCGGCGGGGGGCGCGGUAUGCGGGUAGUUCGGGAAAUGAGCGAAGUCGGCUCCGCAUUCGAGCGCGCGUCGUCUGAGGCGCUGGGCGCCUUCGGAAACGGAUCUAUGUUCAUCGAAAGAUUUAUCGAAAGGCCUAGACAUAUUGAAGUACAAUUACUAGGUGACAAAGCUGGUAAUGUAGUCCAUCUAUAUGAAAGAGACUGCUCAGUACAAAGACGUCAUCAGAAAGUUGUUGAAAUUGCACCCGCACCUAGACUCGACCCUGAGGUUCGUCAGAAAAUGGUGGACUGUGCGGUACAUUUGGCGAGACAUGUCGGCUAUGAGAACGCGGGAACUGUCGAAUUUUUACUCGACGAUAAAGGGAAUUUCUACUUUAUAGAAGUCAACGCUAGGUUACAAGUAGAACACACGAUUACAGAAGAGGUGACAGGUAUAGAUUUAGUGCAGUCUCAGAUCCGAGUUGCGGAGGGUCUGACGUUACCUGAGCUAGGACUAACUCAGGACAAGAUCAAGACCCAAGGGUACGCGAUACAAUGCCGGGUCACCACUGAGGACCCCGCUAAUAACUUCCAACCUAGCACAGGCAGGAUUGAAGUUUUCAGAUCCGGAGAAGGUAUGGGUAUUCGGCUGGACUCGGCUUCGACAUACGCAGGCGCUAUUAUAUCACCUUACUACGAUUCGUUACUUGUUAAGGUAAUCUCUCACGCACAAGAUUUAUCAGCAUCGGCUGCUAAAAUGAACCGAGCGCUCCGCGAGUUCCGUAUCCGAGGUGUUAAAACCAACAUCCCCUUCCUGCUCAACGUGUUGGAGAAUCAGAAAUUCUUAAAUGGUGCGGUGGACACUUACUUUAUCGACGAGCAUCCUCAGCUUUUCAUGUUCAAGGUGUCGCAGAACAGAGCGCAGAAGAUCCUCAACUACCUUGGCUACGUGCUGGUCAACGGGCCCGCUACCCCUCUCGCUACUAAUAUCCCUCCUUCUGACGUCAAGCCGUAUAUACCUCCUAUACCACUCGACCUUUCCCCUGAGGCCAUAAAAAGACAGGAAUUGACUGGGGAGAACACAGCUGUUGAACCUCCAAAAGGCUUCAAGCAGAUACUGAACGAAGGUGGUCCUGAGGCCUUCGCUCGUGCAGUCAGAGAACAUAAGGGUCUGCUCCUCAUGGAUACCACCUUCAGGGACGCUCACCAGUCUCUGCUAGCCACACGAGUUAGAACACACGAUCUGCUCGCUGUAUCGCCAUACGUCGCACACAACUUCAGUAAUCUAUAUGCUCUCGAGAACUGGGGAGGAGCUACCUUUGAUGUCGCCUUAAGGUUCCUGCACGAGUGUCCAUGGGAGCGGUUAGAGGAUAUGCGGCGGUUGAUCCCCAACGUUCCCUUCCAGAUGCUUCUACGAGGAGCUAACGCAGUCGGAUAUACCAACUAUCCAGAUAAUGCUGUCUACAAAUUCUGCGAUAUGGCUGUGAAAUCCGGUAUGGAUAUCUUCCGAGUGUUUGAUUCCCUCAACUAUUUGCCUAAUUUGAUCCUCGGUAUGGACGCUGCGGGCAAAGCCGGGGGCGUGGUCGAAGCUGCGAUAUCGUAUACUGGAGAUGUAUCAGACCCUACUAAGAAAAAAUACGACCUGAAAUAUUAUUUGAAUUUAGCUGACGAGUUAGUAAAAGCGGGAACACAUGUGUUGGCGAUCAAAGAUAUGGCUGGUCUGUUGAAACCACGUGCUGCUGAGUUACUAAUAAAAGCCAUCCGCGACAAGCACCCGUCGGUGCCGAUCCACGUGCACACACACGACACGUCGGGCGCGGGCGUGGCGGCCAUGCUGGCGUGCGCGCGCGCCGGCGCCGACGCGGUGGACGUGGCGGUGGACGCCAUGUCCGGCCUCACCAGCCAGCCCAGCAUGGGCGCGCUCGUCGCCUCGCUGCAGGGAGACGCACUCGACACUGGUAUUGGUCUCCAAAAGGUAUCCGAGUAUUCCGCAUACUGGGAACAAGCACGCACUUUGUACGGGCCAUUCGAGUGCACGGCGACUAUGAAGUCUGGUAACGCGGAUGUCUAUAUUAACGAGAUACCUGGCGGACAAUACACUAAUUUGCAGUUCCAGGCAUUCUCACUAGGACUAGGCAGUCAGUUUGAACAAGUUAAAAAGGCAUACAGGGAAGCGAAUCUGUUACUAGGCGAUAUAAUCAAGGUGACUCCAUCAUCGAAGGUGGUGGGUGACUUGGCUCAGUUCAUGGUGCAGAACAAACUGUCAGCUCAGGACAUACAGGAGCGGGCGGAGGAACUCUCCUUCCCUAAAUCUGUGGUGGAAUACCUGCAGGGAGCCAUCGGUAUACCUUAUGGAGGAUUCCCUGAACCAUUGAGGUCUAAAGUACUAAAGGACAUGCCGCGGAUAGAGGGCCGACCAGGACAGGAACUGCCCCCACUGGACUUCGACAAACUAAAGGCUGAAUUACUGGAAUCAUUCCCUGACGUAACAGACAAGGAUGUGAUGUCAGCGGCGAUGUACCCGCAAGUCGCGAACGAUUUCUUCCGCAUCAGAGAUAAAUAUGGACCAGUGAAGCAUCUGGACACCAAGACGUUCCUUGUUGGACCUACUGUGGGUGAUACAAUCGAGGUGAAGAUCGAGCGCGGCAAGACGCUGGACAUCAAGACGUUGGCGGUGUCGGAGGAGGAAAUGAAAAUCCAUCCGAAAGCGGUAAAAGGUGAUAAGGAUCAAGUUGGAGCGCCAAUGCCGGGCACUGUUCUCACUAUCAAAGUAAAGGAGGGAGAUAAAGUGGAGAAAGGCCAGCCUAUAGCUGUACUCUCCGCUAUGAAGAUGGAGAUGAUAGUACAAGCGCCCAGAGCCGGUACUAUCAAAACUAUAUCCAUUACUAACGGACAGAAGUUGGAGGGAGACGAUCUGAUCUGCACCAUUGAAUAGGUAUUUAUAGUCGAGGAAUAAAUUACCUUCCCACUUACUGAAAAUACAGCAUGUCUUUUCAAAUAUCUUGACGGUUCUAGAAUCUUGUUAAGAAAAAGAUAUUUGACUGUAUAGUUUUGAAUUUGGUUUUCGAUUUUUCUGAUUGAUGUUUGUCUGUAAUGGGUAGGAAAUACAUGUCCUCGACUGCAUUUUGUUAUCUUUUUUGUUUUUUUUUUAAUAUGGCUCAGUAAACGCACAAAGGUUUCAAAUAGCUGUGAUAAAUGUUGUUUCCUUUGGUUUUAAUGCAAUUGUUUUGAAUCGAGACUAAAAAUAUGAUUUCUUAUAUAUAAAUAUCACAUUAAACCAGUUUUUAAUAUUCAAAAUGACGUCAUAUUUUGAGGUUAGGAUUUUUUUUCAUGUUUGGCGAGAAUACUUACAUAUUUAUUUCGGUAAACAGUGUAUUGUAGGACUAAAACAUUUUUCACAUAAAUGAUGAUUCUGUUGAAAACAACGUCCGUAUUCUUUUAAGAUAUAUAUUUUUUUUUAUUUGGCGUCCUAUAUAUAAAAUUGACAUUAUAGUUGAAAUUAUUUAAAAAACUUGUUUAUUUGAGUUAAACUCAAUAUGAUGAAAUAUUACGAAUUGUUUUUAUUAUUUAUGUAAUACCUGGAUGAAACUGUGAUAUGAUCACCACAUUAGAAAAAAAAUGUACAAAAAACAUCCGUUUUUUCCCUAUUUUUUUGCCAUAAAAAAUAUUUCUAUAAACAGAGACUGAUUGAGAUGGAGAAUUUGUCGAAAUUAAUAAAUCUAAAUUUAAUUUUUUAAUUAGGUUUUUUGUUAAAAGUUUGUAUGGGAAAUAAAAGACAAGAAAGCGUAAGUGAAAAUAAAUUAAAAAUGACGCUCGCAUAAUUCUAAGUGCAUCCACAAUUAUUAUUAAACAUGUAUAGCAUUAAGGACAUUUUUUAUUUGUUAAAUUAAUAUUUUUCUAAAAUAUACAUUUUUUAAAAUCGAUAAUUUUAAAAAAUCCAAUGAUUCAAACGUGGAUAUACUUAGAAAACUAGUUUCUUUUUUCAGGUGCUUACUGUUUUUAUAUUUCAUUGUUAUUUUUUUAUGUUUGUAUGAUCAAAAAUAAAUUAAUUAUCAC